AUGUUCCGCAAGGAUCGCACUCGUAGCCAACGGGGAAAUGGCAUCCCCGAGUCGCUUAUUCCGGCAGAGCUAGCCGACGUGAUUUACAAUCAACGCGCCUUUGAGGAGCAUUGUGCGGCCAUGGUCAAGCUAUCCAAAAAGUACGAAGACACCAUCACAGAAUUGGGCCGCGAGCGCGUCCGACUACGCGAGGAGCUGCUUUCCAUGCCCAUCUUCACCACCCGCCAAGAUGACUCGACUCCGGAGCGACUUAACUUUGACGAACGCAUCGACCAGUUUCGUAAGGUGACCGACUUUCUCGCAGAGCGUGGCAAAGACCUGCACGACAACUACCACGGUGCCGUCAACGACCCACUCAAGCGCUUCAUGAAAAUGUUCCCCGCCAUCAAUGAGAAGGUCAAGCAGCACGAGCGCUGUGCCCUCGAUUAUGUCAAGGCCAAGGAGCGAUAUGACCGAACCUUACACUCCAGUCAAGCCGAUCAAGCAAAACGAGACAAGGCUGCGAGCCAAUGCGAUGCAGCUCUGAAUGCAUUCAACAAUGUCAACGAGCUCGUGCCAGAGGAGCUGCCAUUGAUUCACGCUGCACGCUUUGACUUCCUUGAUCCUUCGUGCAUGACCAUGGUUGCGGCUCACAUUCGAUAUCUCGAGGCCGUGGUGGAUAACCUCUCAGCCAUUUGCCACGAGCAUGAGGUCAAGAUGAGCGAUGAGGACUACAAUCGGGAAAUCGAGGACAUUUUUUCCAAACUCUCGGCCCUGCGCAUCACGGCUGAUGGCUUGGAUGCGACCGUGGCUUAA